UGAAACUUGCAAAGUUUGUAGUAGCGCCUUGGGGUUUAAAUUGAGUUGAAUGAUCCCAGUGCUAUACUUAUCACAGCUGGCUUCUCACUUUAACUCAUCUCUCUCUUGCUGUCUGUCUCAGUCUUUCCCCAUUUGUUACCUGUGAGACUUGCCACUGUUGUUGGAUUUUUAGUAGACCUAUUAGACUUUUGAAGACAGCUGGAGGCUACCACCCACAAACUAGCUUUACAUGUAACUGCUUUUCACUGAUCACUAUCACCGGUGUUUCUGAUCUGUUGGAGCCUGUGUGGAUUGAGUGCUGCCUGCCCUGGCUGUGCAGCUGCUUUCCUGACAAACAGGACUGAGUGCUGAGGACUUGUGCUCAGUGGGGGUUUAAUAGGACGAGACGCAAGCGGUCACCAUGCUGCGAGAAGCUGCAUCAAACAUUUUAAAAUUAUACAAUUAUCUAUAUUUGAGAACUGAUGCCCGCAUCAGAGAUUUUCCAUUGAUGCAGAGCCCCAUAGAGAUGACCUCCAUCCUGUUGGCUUAUGUAUUCUUCUCAGUGUAUGUUGGACCUCGUCUGAUGGCAAACCGCAAGCCCUUCCGUCUCAACACAGCCAUGAUUGUCUACAACAUCAGCAUGGUUUUACUGAAUGCCUACAUAGUGUAUGAGUUCGUGAUGUCUGGAUGGGGAACCACCUAUACGUGGAGAUGUGACCUUAUUGAUACCUCAUAUAGCCCGCAGGCUCUUCGGAUGGUUCAAGUGGCUUGGUGGUUUUAUAUUUCAAAAUACACGGAGCUGCUUGACACAGUAUUCUUUGUGCUGAGGAAGAAACAAAGCCAGAUCACAUUUCUCCAUGUGUUCCAUCACUCCUUCAUGCCCUGGACGUGGUGGUGGGGCGUCACCUUGACUCCUGUUGGAGGAAUGGGCUCCUUCCAUGCCAUGGUGAAUGCAGCUGUCCACGUUAUCAUGUACUUCUACUACGCACUCUCUGCUGCAGGACCACGCUUCCAGAAAUACCUCUGGUGGAAGAAGUACAUGACUGCUAUCCAGCUUACACAGUUUAUCCUGGUCUCCAUUCACAUCAGCCAGUACUACUUCAUGGAAAAGUGUGACUACCAGGUGACCCUUUGGAUCCACCUCAUUUGGAUGUAUGGUGUCUUCUUCUUCCUCCUCUUCUCCAACUUUUGGAUACAGGCCUACAUAAAGGGCAAGCGGCUCCCUGUCUCAGAGGACAAACCAAAACAGAACGGCUUAACCAGUGAACCUAUUGCUGUGGUGGCCAAUGGGAAACACCUGGAGAAUGGGAACGGACACCACCACACCAAUGGUAAAAUCCUCCUGGGCAAAGUAAAAGAAAUCUAACUUGGUGACUCUGGAAAUGAGACGGAGGCUCUGUAGAGCUACCUUGAAUAUGUCAUUCAUCACUCAUAUCUAUAAGCACAUUGGAAUGGCAGAUUUCAAUAUGCUACUUCUAGACUUCAUAAUUUCUAUAUAUGCUUAGUAUUUCUUAUGCACACUUGUUGGGAUACAAAUGGCAUGUUGUGUUUUGCCGGUGAUCUCCAAAUGCCACAUUGUGUUUGUUGGUUGUUGCAAAAACUAUUAACUGUGAUGAACACUGUAUGAAGAUAUUUGGUGCUCAUUUUCUCACUUCAACUCAUGCUUGACGCACACAAGCUUCCCCUAUACUACUAACUGUUUCGCUGGCAUGACCCUUGUUUCUUGAAAAUAUCACAGUUUCCACUGAAGGCUAGCACAUUUAAAGAACUGCUACAAAGUUUCACUGUAAAUGUCAAAUACUUAGGUUUUUUCUGUUUUUUAUUUAUCUUUUGAAAUAAAAAAAUGUUUUAGAUAAAGGUCUGUGUCAUUUGGAAAGCAGUUAUGGUGUGUACUUUUUGUGGGAAACAUACCACACCUCAGUUUUUCAAUUUUAAGAAUUGUGGAAAAGAAACGUUAUACUGUAUAUUACAGUAUUUAUGCAAUUUGCAUUUUUGCAUAAUUAGGUAGUGACAUAUACACUGCUAGCAUGUUCAUCCAUAUUAACCCAUACUGAGUUUUGCAACACUGUGUGGUCUAUUUCCUCAGCACACAGAGCAAGAAGCUAACAGAAGUGCUUUCUGUUCAAUUACGAUUAAUUAAAAAUGAUGCUGUAUAAGGCUGUUUCUGAAUAUCACUGCAGAAUGUAUAUAAACCUACCAGUGUUUUUACUGUUGAUUACACUUGUGCACUAAUAACAGUGGAAGGAUGAUCUAGUUUUGAAGCACUGCUAGCCUUUUCAAAAUCGGAUCUGAUAUUUGCUACAAAAAGUACAUAAGAAGAGAUGUUUAGGUGUUUCCAGGAGCUGUUUAUAUGUUACAAUUAACCCACAUAAUGUUCAAUAGAUUAAUCUGUUUCUGAUUUAAA